GCUGAAUUAUUUCUGUCAAAUGAUAUAAUUUGCGAACAUCCUACAAAAGGGCAGCGCCAUGGAUUCCCAAGCAAAACUAAAUCUUGCGAAGCUGAAACUAUUGUCUUUGGGUACUGAUAUCCAAACUGUACCAGCAAAUGUAACUGAAGUGAAGGCGAAUGAACCAACGUCACCACUGUUCAUGAGCCAAACCGAAGAUGUUGAAUAUUUUUGCGACGAAGAUACAGAGGAUGUCGAAUAUUUCUCGGAUCCUGAGUCAGAACGCGACUAUUUUUCGGAGAUUGAAGAUGCAGACUUUGUGGUUUCAUCACAUGUUCCUGACGCGAGUGACGCUGAUGCUGAGACAUAUGAAGAUCAUGAAGAUCGAUGGACUCAAAACAUAGAUUCUGUGAAAGACAUCUGUGACUACGAUAGUGACACCGGAAUUUGUGAAUAUUAAAAUUUGAUUU